AUGCAUGCAGGUGACCCAAAUGCUGCUUAUCCUUCUCUGGAAGGUGGCUUGUUUCCUCCGGAGGUUACGGCACGGUCCCGCAUGGCCAUAUCCUUGGCGCUGGCUCAUUUACAGCUCCCAGGAGUGUGUUUACGAUAUUGUCCAUGUUCUGUUAACCAGGGCUCGUCAGGCCUGGGAUCGCUUGGUCCAGUUCAGCCUUCUGGAGGAGUGACUACCCCUGAGGCUUCAGGGGGGCAACCUUCGGGGCCAGGGUCCUUAUUUGCCCUGGCGGGGGGGGUGACUUGUGUGGCCUUUGACAGUCCUGGGUGCCCUUUGCUUCAGGCUGAUCCUGACUGGUCUUUGACUUUGGGAGUGUUGUCCAUUGUGCCUGGAGCUCUAGAGUGGCUGCGUGACUUGUCAUUGCCUUGCUCCAUUUUGAUGGCAGCACAGAAGCUAAAGCCUGUUGGCCGCAUUAAGUUCUACAUAUCCAGCCGCACAGACUCCGGUGUCCAUGCAAUCUGCAACUCUGCGCAUGUGGACAUUGAGAGGGCAGCAGGGAAGACCCCAUUUUCUGAGACCGUUCUGGAGCAAGCGUUGAAUCAUCACCUGAUACCUGAACCCAUCCGUGUGCUUAAAGCCAUUCGUGUGAGUGACAACUUCCAUGCAAGGUACAAUGCUUUGUCUCGUACCUACACGUACAGGGUGGUGACUGGAUGCAGCAGAAUAGACCUUCCAGUGUUUGAGAGGGACCUUUGCUGGGCAGCACAUGGAGGACGUCUGAAUAUAGAAGCAAUUCAGGAAGCUGCUCAACUGAUGCUUGGUACUCACGACUUCAGUGCAUUCCGAUCCUUUAACUCAGAUAACAUCUACAAGUCUCCUAUCAAGACUUUGCUCCAAGCAGAUAUCACACCCUCCUCCACCAUGUGGAAUCACCACUUACAAAGCAG